GGGUGCGCUGGUACCGAAAGAGAAGAAAAAGACACGCAAGACGCGAAGUGCUAAAAAGCAAGUGGCCGCCUCGUGCGUGGACGAAAGCAGUGGGGGCACGGAGAGGGGAUUACGACUUGUCUCUGACCGUCGCGUUCCCUCGCAACCUCAGGGACCCUUGCUCGGAGUUUAACAACCGGCGCAGUCGAGUCCGGAUCGGAGGCGGCGGCCGAUCUACCCCUGCACCCUGUGGGUGGACCGUCUGUGAGGCCGUGGUCGGACCACCCUUGGUGAUAGCCUGUCUCUGCAACGCGCACGUCACAUCGGCAUGCCUACGCAGGGUUCAUACCGGAGGUCCCCGGGCGCCAUGGCCCCGGACGGGGCGAGGGUGGCGGGGCUGGAGGCCCACCUGGACGACCAGGGCCACCAGGGCCACCUGCACCACCACGGUCUCCCCGGCCUGGACGACGACAGCGCGGCCGUGCUGGUGCGCAAGGCCUACAAGGAGUACCGGAACAAGGCCCUGUUUCGGAAGCCCGUCUCUAACAUGGUCAUCAAGGGCAUGGACAUGACGGUCAGGCGAGGCACGAUCUACGGCCUGCUUGGCGCGAGUGGCUGCGGCAAGACCACCAUCCUCAAGUCCAUCGUCGGGCAGAACCACCUGACCGCCGGCGAGGUGCUCACCCUGGGGCGGGUCCCCGGGACGCCCGGCUGCGGCGUGCCCGGCUCCGCCGUCGGGUACAUGCCGCAGGAGCUGGCGCUGUACAUCGGCUUCACCAUCGCCGAGACCUUCCGCUACUUCGGCUGGCUGACGGGCGUCCCCAGGAAGGAGCUGGCCGCCAGGUCCGCGUCGCUGCUCAAGUUCCUGGACCUCCCGCCGGCGCACUGCCUCAUCGGCCAGCUCAGCGGCGGCCAGCAGAGGCGGGUGUCGUUCGCCGUGGCGCUGCUGCACCAGCCCGCCCUCCUCAUCCUGGACGAGCCCACCGUCGGCGUGGACCCCGUCUUGCGACAGAGGAUAUGGGAUCACCUGAUGGACAUCACCUCGGACGGCCGGACGACGGUCAUCAUCACGACGCACUACAUCGAGGAGGCGCGGCAGGCGCACACGCUGGGCCUGAUGCGGCAGGGCGUGCUGCUGGCAGAGGACGCUCCCGACCGCCUGCUGGAGCGCUACCACUGCGCCACCAUGGAGGACGUGUUCCUCAAGCUGAGCGUCCUGCAGAUCCGGACCUCGCCCGACGACCCGGAGGAGGUCGUCGAGGCGCGCGACAACAACCAAAACACACAAAGUUCCUACCCGGCCGAGCCGCCACCGCCGCCCGAGCCGGCGAGCCCGGAGGCCUUCAAGCACGGACACGGAAACCACAGCUCGCCUCGCACCAUGGUGCCGCUGGUGACGUUGUCCCCGCACGCCGCCAAGUCCUCCGGGCCGGCGCUAGGCCCGGCGCUAGGCCCGGCGCUGGCCCCGCCGCACCAGCGGCCGCCCACCCCCUCCUCGACGCGCAUGUCCUGCCUACUGUGGAAGCACGUCCUGUGGAUGAGGAGGAAUCUGCCGAUGGUGGCCUUCCUCACGCUGCUGCCGGUCGUGCAGUGCAUGCUGUUCGGCAUGACGGUGGGCCGCGACCCCAAGGGCCUCAAGCUGGCCGUGUUCAACGCCGAGGGUGACUGCGCCGACCCGGCCCUGGACACGAUCGACACGUUCAACUGCAGCAGCCCCAGUCUGUUGUCCUGUCGGUACAUUAGGAUGCUCCGUGACCAGGACUUCGACACGGUGAGGCGCAUUGGAAUAUUAUUUUAAAUAAGAGUAUUU